AUGCGCACCACCCGCAACAGCGUGAUUCGGCGUCGGGCAGAGUGCUCGCCGAAGACGCGCAAGUGCUGGAUCGGGCGAAAGGAGCACGGGGUGCCUGGCGAAGACGACAACAUACAGGAACUGCCGCUCACCCACUACUACUCGAUCACGGGCCACGCCAUCAAGCUGCGCAUUUCUCACGCCAACGACUGGAAGGUUCCCAGCGAAGAUGGCGAAGAGACCACCACAGACUUCAUCAACAAAGUGAUCCUCGAUGAGGAGCUAGAUGAUCGAUGGUUUGCUUAUGGGUGCGGGGCGCUAUUGGCCAGCGUCUUCGUCGCCCUGAUCUUUAUUUCCAAGAGAGAGGUCUGUAUUAUUGACAAAAGCGACAACGUCCUGGCCAUCAUCCGCAGCAAUGCGUGGAGCCGACAAGAGGAGGUGUACAACUGGCAAGACGUUGGGCUGGUGGAGAUCCACAGAGCUACCCAGAACCGAAAGACAGACUUCAACAUCUUCUUCAACAUCGAGCCCUUUUCCUCUUGGGUGCCCCUGUCCCAGCAUGGGACCUACGCAUCAGAGGAGGAGGCAGAGGAGAUAUGCUCAGAGAUAAGGGAUUUCAUUGGCCUCACCUCUUGGCAGAACCUCUUGCAGCUGAAGAAGCUGAGCUGA